GUGGCAGAAGGACAGUAUCUGCUGUUUUUCAUUCCCAGUUGGACAUAAUAGGUUCAUAUUUUACCCAUCAGGCUGUGCAGAUGGAAAGGGGCAUGUCUGUGUCUCUGUGGUGCGAAGAGGUCGAGGAUGACCAGAGUCAGGUGCAGGGCCAGGGCCCCAACAGAGGCUCGUCUCAGCUGCGAGCCGCCUGGGACCCCACAGUGUCGGGGCACCGUGUGAUCCUCAGGCUGCUUCACGUGGAGGAGAGGUACAUGCCCUCCAUGCUCUACAUCACCCUCAUCCAGAGGGAUCCAGAACGCAGGGAGGAGCUCGCCAAGUGGGCCAUGGAGGUGUGCUGUGAGAUCGGUUCUGAUGAGACAGUGUUUCCUCUGUCUGUCUCUCUGAUGGACCGCUUCCUGUCUGCCACUCUGUCUGUGCCAGUCUCACCGUACUGCCUGGCCGCCGGCUGCAUCCUCAUCGCAUCCAAACUCACAGAGUGCGACAACAUCACUGCAGACACUCUGUGUGCCGCAGCCGAUUACAGCUUCCUGCCCUCGACCCUGCGGGAAAUGGAGCGAGUCAUCCUGGCCACUCUGCGGUGGGACACAGCAGCGGUGACCCCUCAAGACUUCCUCCCACAUUUCCUGGCCUCAGUGGAGCAGAGAGGCGAUGGGGACGGCGCUGAGUCUUCGGAGGAGCGGUUGUCCACCCUGCGGCGGCACAGUGACACACUGGCGGCCAUGUGUGUCUGUGACUCCCGGUUCCUGGGAGCACCUCCAUCACUUGUUGCUGCAGCAUCCCUCAACUGUGCACUGCGAGGCCUGGGCAACCAGGGGCCCUCUCAGCUGGCUCACAUGAGUGAAGAGCUGGCAGAGCUGUGCCAGACUGAGCUGGCAGUGCUGCAGUGCUACAGUGACAUGAUAGAGUACGGCCUCCGCCAGCGGCUGAGGAGUGGGCUUCAGCAGGGCCCCACAGAGAAAGAGACGGAGGUGGAGGAGGAGGUGGAGGAGGAUGAGCGGGCCGGGACACCCACUGACAUGAGAGAGAUUGAUUUCUAAACACUGAAUCGGCUGAUGCAGCGCAUGUGUAAAUCAA